AUGGUGGCUUUGAAAUGGGAUGUCAUGUGCGGAAAUGGGACGCGAAUUACCACCACCAAUACCACCCUAACGAAAUUCUCAACUAUAAAAACAACUGCAACCACAACUCUGUUCUUGCCAUUUACCACCUCAAUUACUGCUAACCAUACAGCCUCUUCGUUUAGAAGAUUCAGUACCGAGUUGCUCGUUACCAAAUUACCACCAAACAAAUCAAAAGUAUUAAAUUCUGCACCAAAAACCUCAGGAUCGUUUCGAAUUUUUAACGAAAACAGUACCAGUGACAAUAAUAGUAAUCACCAUAAGUUAUCAAAAGAAAAACACAAUUAUUAUAUCGAUACUAUGACUGCUGCACCAAAAACCUCAGGAUCGUUUCGAAUUUUUAACGAAAACAGUACCAACGACAAUAAUAGUAAUCACCAUAAAUUAUCAAAAGAAAAACACAAUUAUUAUAUCGAUACUAUGACCGCAGAAGAUUCUCCUCAGAUCAAUAAUAAUCAUCUUCACCAUCAUAACUUAUCAAAAGAAAAUUACAGUUAUUAUAUCCCCCGGCUCAAUCAUAAUCAUAAGCUAUCAAAAGAGAAUUACAGUUAUUAUAUCGAUACUAUGAUUCCAGAAGAUUCUCCUCAGCUCAAAGUACUAUUAAUGGACAAAAAUGCUCGAAUGCCUAGUCGUGGAAGCGGCGGUGCGGCUGGUUAUGAUCUAUAUAGUGCUGAAGAUACAAAAAUUCUUGCGCGAGGAAAAGCAUUGAUCAAAACAGGAUUAGCAAUUCAAGUUCCCGAGGGUGCUUAUGGUCGUAUUGCACCUAGAAGUUCGCUUGCUUCAAUUAACUCGAUUGAUUGUGGCGCCGGUGUAAUUGAUGCUGAUUAUCGUGGCGAAGUCAAGAUUCUCUUGUUUAACUUUGGGGACCAAGAUUUCGAAGUUAAAACAGGAGAUCGCAUUGCCCAACUGAUUGUAGAACGUAUAUAUACACCUAAAAUAGUUAGAGUGGACGAAUUGGACGAUACUUCACGAGGAAGUAAAGGAUUUGGUUCAACUGGCUUUCGAUAA